CCAAAAAAAAAAAAAAACCCCAAAACCUGCAGAGCUACAACCGUCCCCACGAUGUCCAGAUGAGAGAGUUUGAGAUGCUGAGGAAGCUCAACCACAGCAACAUUGUCAAGCUGCACACUGUGGAAGAGCUUCCCUCUAAGCAGAAGGUACUGGUGAUGGAAUAUUGUUCAGGUGGAAGUCUGCUCAGUCUGCUGGAGGAACCGGAGAAUGCCUUCGGCCUCCCUGAGCCUGAGUUCCUCACGGUGCUACAGUGUGUAGUGCAGGGGAUGAACCACCUACGUGAGAACGGAGUGGUUCACAGAGACAUCAAGCCGGGCAACAUCAUGCGUCAGGUGGGAGAGGACGGCAGGUCUGUUUACAAACUGACAGACUUUGGAGCAGCAAGAGAGCUGGAGGAUGAUGAGAAGUUUAUGUCCAUCUACGGGACUGAGGAAUAUCUGCAUCCAGACAUGUAUGAACGCGCAGUGUUGCGUAAACCUCACCAGAAGUCCUAUGGAGUGAGCGUUGACUUGUGGAGCAUUGGUGUGACAUUUUACCAUACUGCCACUGGGAGUCUCCCUUUCACACCCUUCGAAGGACCUCGCAGAAACAAACCUCUGAUGUUUAAAAUAACUACACAGAAACCCACAGAUGCCAUCGCUGGAAUACAGCGGGUGGAGGGUGGACCUAUAGACUGGAGCUACGACCUGCCUCACAGCUGCCAACUGUCCCUGGGUCUGAAGGCGCUCUUAGUCCCAGUCCUAGCAGGUAUCCUGGAGGCAGACCAGCAGCAGUGCUGGGGCUUUGACCAGUUUUUCACAGCCACCACAGACAUACUGCAGCGUCAGCCGGUUCAUCUCUUUGCUCUGCAGCAGGCCGCGGUCCACUCCAUCUAUGUACACCACUACAACACAGUGUCGGUCUUUUUCGAGGAGGUGGCGUCCCAGACUGGUAUAGGGCUUCAGCAGCAACAUCUGCUCUACCUGGGUCAUGACCUCCCCCUGGAGGGCAACAUGAAGGUGGUCAACCUCCCACGCAGUUCACCUACCCAGCCCCUGCUGCUGCUCAGCUACAAGCCUGAGGCUAACGUCAGCCUGCCCUUCAGAGAACCAGAGUCUCCUGUCAUCCCAUCCAGAUUUGAAGUUGUGGCAGAUUACAGUUUCUCCAAGGCGAUGGUCGGAGUGGUUCACCAGUAUCUGAGGAUCGUGCGGUCGCUGCGCACACACACAGAGCUGCUGCUGCAGGGAUACUACAGCUACAUGAUGAAGUUGCGGAGAGAGUGUGGAGAAGCCGUUCACAGCAUCGCACUGAUCACCGUCAGACUGCAGUCCUGCCUCGUCCUACAGCAGAGGAGUCACACGUUUGGUUUUAACUCAGAAAACCAAGGUUCAUCAGAUCAGAAACUCCAGCUGGUUCACCAACAUCUGCCCAUAUACGCCGCAGGAAUACACGAGUUCCAGAACCGACUGGAGCAGCUGCUGAUAGAACAGGCCAAGUUCACGGAGAGCCAGGCCAGUGAUAAGAGCUGCCAGAAAAUGGAGACGCUCCUUCAGAAGAUAACAGCGAUUCACCAGCAGUAUCGCAAGGACAGACUCACCGGCAAGUUGUCUUAUAACGAUGAACAAAUCCACAAGUUUGAAAAAAUCCACCUGUCGACUCACAUCAAACGAGUGAAGUCUCUGUUCAGAGAUGACUGUGUGCACAGAUACCGAGAGCUGCUGGCCUCAGUGGGGACAUGGAGCAGCAUCUUACAGGAGAUGCAGACACGACUGCAUGACUUCACCUCUUUCUCCACAGGCCUGUUGGCAGACCUGGAGCGGACUGAGCAGUGCCAGAAUAAGGUUCUGGACAGAAUGCUCUCCAGUCUGCAGGCCAACAGAACAGAGCAGCAGCCGGGAGUCACAGCGCAGGACAAAGAUCAGAUGGUGUCCAGGAUGCACCACCUGAAGGAGGAGAUGGAGCUUCUGGUCAGAGAGCUUCAGAAUAACAACACGGUCAUCGAGAGUCUGGGUGCAGUGAACACUGCAGCGGCCCUGCACAGCAGCUUGUCCAAACCCUCCACACUCUGACCAAAGUCAAAGUCGACCUGGCUCAUAAACUCUUAACAAUUCCAAGUACAACAUCCUCAGCCCUUCGACAAGAAGCUCAGGUCAUCCUCACAGCAGAGAACACUGAACUGGAUCUCCUUUCAGGAAGUGUCAGCGGUUAAUGUUGCUGCGGAGGAAGCGACUGAAGACGAUCAAUAACUGUGAAUUCUCCAUUUCCAGAUAAGAAGCCUGAACAACGUGGGAAGGGAAGAGUGUGUGUGUGUGAGUGAGUGUGUGUGUGUGAGUGUGUGCGGUUGAGGACUCAGCACAUCAGUUCAAUAUAAACCUCGUUAAUGCUUUUAGUGUUGCUGUAUUUCUAAUAGGCAGUAACACUGACGGACUGUCAGAAGAAUGGACAGAAACGACGUCAAUUAAUCGACCUCACUGGUUUUUUAAGGGGUUUUUUUUUCUCACUUUUUUUCCGGUAGCAUCAGAAGAAACAUUCAAAUGGAUCGUUCAACCUGACAAAUGAGUUCUCUUGGUUUUCAUGGUUAUAAUAAUGUGUAGAGUGGGGAAAAAAAAAAUUUCCCAAUGCCUCCUCGGUCAGUGGGUCAUCUGUGUAGAUGUGCUGUCAAAGUAAUGAACCACUGGUUGAUUACAUCACUGAUUGUCAAUAGUGAUGAAGCAGUUUUAGUUUGUUUUUUGGUCAUUGUUGUUGUUUAUCUGCGGUGAUAAAUUACUCAUGAAAAUCAUGAGUAAUUUAUCAGGUUUUAACUGUAAAAGAGAAAAGAUGAAAUCAGGGAGACUGGGCUGAGUCGAGAGUUGGGAAACGUUACUCCAGUCAGUAAAGUCACAUGUGCCAUAAAGUGAAAGUAAGAACAUUUGUUUUUUAUUUUCAUUUCAACUCAUUUAAACGUCCGUGACGAAGCAGUAAAACGUGAUCGUUUUUGUUUUUUGUUUCAGUUUCUGAACGACUCCAUCCUUGUUGACAAUUUAUUUUUUUAUCAUUUACUUGUUGUGUUUAAAGGGAGAAAUGAAUGAAGACGAGGUGUUUGUUGUUGACACUGGAAACACGGUGUGUGAAAAUGAAAGUUCACCUCCCACUGCGACUCCUGACCCUGGGGGUUUCUACACGUAGGGGGAUUCGCUGCUCUGUGGUUUCCUGCUGCUCAUAUGACGGUUAUUUGGCAAAGGGGAAAUUUUGUGUUUGUGUUUUUUUUUUUUUCAACCCACACAAACAAGGCUGAGAUUCACUUGAUAUUUUCUCAUGGUGAUUUGGAGGCUGAGUGUAAUUCCGACAUGACAUAAUCAAAACAUGGAUGUCCGAUAGUAACGUGUUGCUGAUAUUGUCCAAACAAUUUCUGAUUCUGAUAUAUGCAGCCCCCAAAACGGAGGUAAACGUCCAGCAAAUUUUGCAAAGCGAUCUUACCAAUAUUACAUAAUUAUGAUGUAACGGCCCGAUAAAAUCAACCGACCGAUCUACUUGACGGGUUCAAGUGUUUCAGAUCUUCUGUUUUUAUUUCUCAAAGACGAUGAAACGAUCCAUUGUCAGGCAGCUCCACAGAUCAUUACUGUCUGUUGUUGGGUCAGUGGUUCAUAUUAGUCAGUACUGUACGAGGGUUAGUUUUAAUUAUUAAAGAUGUCAGACCCGUCUCUAACGACUGUAUUAAAUACUCGUGAGAUGCCGACCUGUGUUUUCUGUUCAACCCUCACUUGAACUUGAUAAAGAUUUACAACAGGU